CGGUAGAGGCAACUUUCAGCAAAAGGCCUGCUAUAUAAGAGAAUGUCCUACCGAACUCUCGAGAUAAAACCCGUGUGUGUUGUCUGUUUCGUGUCUAUAGUGUGUUACUCCUUUGUCUUAAUUUAAAAAAAACAACAGAAAAAUGCACCGGGUGUGCUUAUUACUGUGUUUGGCGGCUGCGACAGCACAAAAUUAUGAUAAUUUGGAACCAAGAUCAGUUUCUUAUCCCAGCAAAGGGAGUCUAGCACCACUUUAUGUUCAAGGACUAUCAUCGUCUUCAGGAUAUCGUGACAAUAGCUACGAGGAUAAUGCUGUAACUCCCACUCCUUCACCUACUCCAGUUUAUCGACAACAACAGCCAAUUUAUCGCAAACCCUCCGCUAAUCAGCAACAACGAGGUCCAUUCCGUGGACCACCUCCACUAGGACCAAAUGGACAGAGACUUCCUGAAGAAGAAUUAGAGGAAGAAAAAGAGGAACCUGAUCGUCUAAGCCUUCUUCUUCCACAAAGUAAAUUCGACUGUGUUAACAAACAAACUGGUUAUUAUGCUGAUGAAGAACUUAAUUGCGAGGUAUUUCACUAUUGUCAAGACAAUGCCAAACAUUCCUGGAUUUGUCCCGAAGGAUUCACAUUCCAUCAAGUUCAUUUAAUUUGCAUGCCACCCAGCGGUGAUAUCAGUUGUAAAAAAAGUUCUCAAUAUCAUUUUGUGAAUGAAUAUCUCUAUAAACCAUUGAACUUGGCCGAAGCUGAGACCAAACCCAAUGUUACCUUGAGAUACAGCGAAAGAUAUUAUCCAGCUGACAUUUACACUGACGAACGUGAAAACGAAUUUCAAUCUACUGCCAAUCGAAAACCUCUCAACCAGCAAUUAUAUUUGAAUCAACAACAACAGCAUGCAAGUCUCAAUAGUUUACCAUCGGGUGGUCGUCCACAACCAAAUCUUUCACAAUUUCGUCUACCAGUAAAUCAAGUUUUUAGAAGUCCUGAAGAAGUUAAUAUUCCCUUACAACAAAGACGACCUCAACCACCUCAACAACUUCGAAGGUUCCCUCAAGUUCGACCCGAAGAAGAAGACUACGAGUUGAAUUAAAUCUGGUCCUAAUGGAGCUACGAGGCCAGUCAUCAAGGGAAUCCUCAUCAUUCAUCUGAGUAUUCAGCGAAUUUUUUUUUUUUUUUUUUCUAUCAUAAUGAUGAAAAUUUUAUAUAAAAAAAAAAAAAAAAAAAAGAAAAUAGUACGAUCGAUUUUCGAUCCUGCGAGAUUUUUUAUUGUAAAUAUAUAUUAAUUGGUGAUAUAUCUAAACGUAAGUGAUAUAUAUAUGAUAUGUGUAAGUUUGUCUACAAGUCGUAUUAAAAAAUUAUAGUAUAUAUGUAUUAAUAAUAUUUUAUAUGUAAUUAUAAAUAACAUGUAUUUGAUUAUUAGCACUUUGUGAGAAAUAAAAUGUUAUUGAGUUUA